CAGAGACACACAGAGAAACACUCAUUCACCAUCAACCCAAAACACACACUCACACACCUGCUCAGACACACAGAUCCACAUGACCACACACACACCCACACACACACACACACGCACAUUUAGACAGAGAGGAGAGCUGUGGAGGCAGAGCCAGUCUGCAGCUUGACAGCAUCACUGCAUCACUACAGGAGGACCUGAUAGAGACCAGCGUGAGGGGACUUCUCUACUAAACCUGUUGACCACUGGCUGAUCUUCAUCCAUUCAUCCGUUCAUUAUUAUUUGUUCAUUUGUUCAUUUAUUGAUUCAUUUAUUUGUUUGAUAAUUGAUUUGUUCAUUCAUUUAUUAUUUAUUAUAAUAACUCAUCAGCCUCCUGUUUUAUUUUUCUUUUAUCCUCUUUUCUCUCUCUCUUUCUCUCUCUCUCUCACACACACACAUACAUACUUGGACUUGCUCUCAUUCUUUCGUUUUCUCACCUAUCUGUGUUUUUCCAUCUCUCUUCUUGCUUGCUUGCUUUUUCUGUCUUUUGCUUUGUGUUCUUCUCUCGUUUUGUCUUGUUUCUCUUUAUUUUUGACUCUCCAUCCUUCUUUCUUCAUUUAUUUUACCUUUAAAAGUAAGUUUUUAUUCUGUUUAAAACUCUUUAUUCUUUCUAUUUUCCUACUAAUAAUCUUACUCUUAUUUAGAUUUCUCUCUCUAUUGUUUAGUCCAUCUCUGUCCUUUCUAUUUGUGUCUGUUUUUGCCUUUAAGUUUCAACAAUCUUCUUGUUUCCUUUCUUUUUCUUUGUAUUGCUUUCUCGUUUUGAUUCUUUAGUUUCUUUUGAUCCACCUCUUUGUCUCUUCUUUUACACUCUUCUAUAUCUUUCUUUCAUCAUUUUGUUUUUUUUUUAGUCUGCAACUUCUCAUUGUGUUUAAAACUCCUUUUUUUCCCAUUGUUCUCUCUUUUGUUUUCCUAACUAUUGUUUUUUGCCCUAUCCACUAGUUUUCUCCCUCCAUUCUCUCAUUUUAUUUUCUUGUUUUCCAUCUGCCUCUCUCGCUCGCCGGCUCCCGAUGAACGGAUCUCACCACCCGGUGCUCCUCCUCCUCCUGCAGGAAAGCUCCAACACCAACCUCACCGAAGAAUCAGAAGCAGCAGCAGCUUCAGAACCGAGCAAUGGAACUGCACCAGCACUGGUUUCCAACAGCAGUACCGCCCCUCCACCAGCGGGGGCGCUGUGCCAGCAGGUUCAGAUCCAGGCGGAGGUGUUCCUCGCGCUCGGCAUCGUCAGCCUGCUGGAGAACAUCCUGGUCAUCUCGGCGGUGGCGAAGAACAAGAACCUCCACUCGCCCAUGUACUUCUUUCUCUGUAGCUUGGCGGCGGCGGACAUGCUGGUGAGUGUGUCCAACUCUCUGGAGACCAUCGUGAUCGCGGUUUUGAGGAGCCACCUGCUGGAGCUGAGCGAUUAUUUCGUGAGGCUGAUGGACAAUGUCUUCGACUCCAUGAUCUGCAUCUCGCUGGUGGCGUCCAUUUGCAACCUGCUGGUGAUCGCUGUCGAUCGAUACGUGACGAUAUUCUACGCUCUGCGUUACCACAGCAUCGUUACGGUGCGGAGGGCGUUGAACGCCAUUGCUGCCAUCUGGCUGGUGUGCAUCGUUUGCGGGAUCGUCUUCAUCGUGUACUCCGAGAGUAAGACCGUCAUCAUCUGUCUGAUCACCAUGUUCUUCGCCAUGCUGGCGCUGAUGGCCACCCUGUACGUGCACAUGUUCCUCCUGGCCAGGCUCCACGUCCAGCGCAUCGCCGCGCUUCCCCCCGCGGCCAGCGCUGCAGGAAACCGUGCGCCGCGGCAGCAGCACACCUGCAUGAAGGGGGCGGUGACCAUUACCAUUCUCCUGGGCGUGUUCGUCUGCUGCUGGGCGCCGUUCUUCCUGCACCUCAUCCUGCUGGUGGCCUGCCCCCAGCACCCGCUCUGCCUGUGCUACAUGUCCCACUUCACCACCUACCUGGUGCUCAUCAUGUGCAACUCCGUCAUCGACCCCAUCAUCUACGCCUUCCGCAGCCUGGAGAUGAGGAAGACCUUCAAGGAAAUCCUGUGCUGCUUCGGCGAGAGCUGCCAAGCGCCGCUCUGCGAGAGAGAGCGCGAGAGAGAGCGCGAGAGAGACACAGAAACCGAGCGGUCGAGAGAGAGGCAGCACGAGAGGGAGAAGGAGAGCGAGACGGAGUGAGAGAAGGAAAAAAAGGACUGGACUUGGUUGGCGUUUUCACACCAGCACAGUUUGGUUCAAUUAAAACAGACUAAAACAGUGUGAUUUUGAACAGUAAUCGCACUUGGGGAGCGGUAAGAACCGACCAAGGUAGUUUGGAUGCAAAUGCAGGCAGGUUUUAUUAAUCCAAAACAAUCACAAGGCAAAGUCGUAGUUCAAGAAAUCAGGCAGUGUUCAAAACCAGGAAUUAAUCACAAGGCAAAAAGUGUAGUCAAGGACAGGCAAGGAUCAAAAAAACAAUAUCUCGCUACUAGACUAAGCAAGAGUCCUGGAAUAAAUAGUCAAUUUAAUAUAUAUUGUCUGACAGGUGUGUGGGAGGGCGGAGUCAGCUAUUAGUAUUAGUAGGAGAGGCUGAUCUUAAAGGUGCAGUGCGUACAGGUGUGACAGGUGCGGCUCAAAACAACCGGUCCCAAUCCGGUCCCAGACGAACUCGGUUCGCGGUUCGCUUGUGGUGAGAACAUGAUCCAAUCUCGAUCUGACCCAGUAUCAAAAAUAUUUAUUUUUAUUUGAGCUAAACUGCUGAAAACACGCAUUUUAAUCUGAUAUAUUAGUCAGAUAACACUAUAAUUACCACAGCUAUGAACAAACGCUGUCUCUGCUGCUCCAUGCUGUUUACACAUUUGAUAUGUGCUGUGUUCACUGCACUCUGUGUUAUUUUAUUCUGUAUAUUUACUUUUUUUUGCUCAUGCAUCAGACAGCUCUGACCAAUCAAAGGAGAAGUUGUGCAGAUAUACCAUUAAAACACCCUAGCAAUCACUAGCAACACUUUAGCAACCACCAAACAACACCUUAUCAACUUAUAACAGAUAUACCACAUGAACACCUUUACAACCCCCUGGAAAACCUUAGCAAACUGCCAAAACAACAUCUUAGCAAACAACAGAUAUACCAUAAGAACACAUUAGCAGCUGCCAGGCAACAUCUUAGAAACCAACAGCUAUACCAAGGCAACACCUCAGCAACACCUUAGCAACCACCUAGCAAGACCUUAGCAAUCAGUAGCUAUAUCAUUGAAACAGCCUAGCAACCACUGGCAACACCUUAGCAACCAGCAGUUACGAAAUAGAAACACCUUAGCAACCACCUAGCAACACCUAAGCAACCUCUCUGACCUUAGCAAUCAGUAGCUAUAUCAUUGCAACCACCCUAGCAACCACUGGCAACACCUUAGAAAUAGAAAAACCUUAGCAACCACCUAGCAACACCUAAGCAACCUCUCUGACCUUAGCAAUCAGUAGCUAUAUCAUUGCAACCACCUUAGCAACCACUGGCAACACCUUAGAAAUAGAAACACCUUAGCAACCACCUAGCAACACCUAAGCAACCUCUCUGACCUUAGCAAUCAGUAGCUAUAUCAUUGCAACCACCCUAGCAACCACUGGCAACACCUUAGAAAUAGAAACACCUUAGCAACCACCUAGCAACACAUAAGCAACCUCUCUGACCUUAGCAAUCAGUAGUAUCAUUGCAACCACCCUAGCAACCACUGGCAACACCUUAGAAAUAGAAACACCUUAGCAACCACCUAGCAACACAUAAGCAACCUCUCUGACCUUAGCAAUCAGUAGUAUCAUUGCAACCACCCUAGCAACCACUGGCAACACCUUAGAAAUAGAAACACCUUAGCAACCACCUAGCAACACAUAAGCAACCUCUCUGACCUUAGCAAUCAGUAGUAUCAUUGCAACCACCCUAGCAACCACUGGCAACACCUUAGAAAUAGAAACACCUUAGCAACCACCUAGCAACACAUAAGCAACCUCUCUGACCUUAGCAAUCAGUAGUAUCAUUGCAACCACCCUAGCAACCACUGGCAACACCUUAGAAAUAGAAACACCUUAGCAACCACCUAGCAACACAUAAGUAACCUCUAUCAAAGCAGGGCCACUGACCACACGUGCAGCAGCAUUGCCGUAACAGGUUUCUUUUGGAAAGUUUCAACUCUUCUUAUUUUUCCUGGUUUUAUCUCAUGCUAAUUUAGUAUUUAUUCUCUUCACAGUGUAUUUAACUUCAUAACUUAAGUGUAUGUAUAGUGUAUAGAGUAUAUAAAAUGUAUAUAAACACAAUGCCAAAUUGUAUUUU